AUGGAGGUUUGGAUCGGAAGAGGCUCAUUUGGCGACGUUUAUUUACGAGAAGAAAACGGACAAAAAUGCGUUGUCAAGUACGUGGAAGAGGAUGUCGCCGAGAAUUACCUGAAAGAAAGGGACACUCUUGAAUUGCUCACUCACACAAACAUUGUCGGCUACAUCGGCACUAGGAGGGGAGCAAACGGGAGAUUCGGCAUUCUGUUAGAGUAUUGUGAACUUGGACCACUAAAGGAUUUGAUUGUCAAUGAAACAAUCGUUUACUCGAUUCGUUCUGUUGUUGAAUGGGCGCGGGAGUUGUUCGGGGCACUCGAGUUCUUGGAAGAGCACCACAUUGUGCAUCGAGAUAUCAAGCCAGACAACGUUUUUGUCACAGCAUUCUACAACACGAAACUCGGCGACUUUGGCAGUUGCAAAAUAAUCGAGGGAACAUUGACGGGAGCCUCCAUCGCCGGAACAGCCCGCUACACAAGGAAAAAUUUCAUUCAACUCGAUUCUCCAAUGUGUCGGGGGAACUUCAAAAAGUUUGUCGAGAGUUGUGUCAACUUCAACUACGAUGACCGAUUUAGCAUCUCCGAGGCUAUGAAAGAAAUCAAAGACCUAAUCAAAACGGACAAAACCCUUCUCGAAUUCGAUCUCCUUCCCGAAGCUCAACAGGACCAUAAAAUCCCAAUUCGACCAAUCGGUUUUGACGAGAAGUUUUCAAAGGCGAGAAUCCCCAUUCGAUUUGAGGAUCCAUCUCUGUCGAUUCCAGAUCCAUCCAUCGAUUUGACAAAUGCAUCAAGCAAUGAAAAGAGCGAUCAAAACCAAAAGGCCACAAAAUACUUCCCAAAGCUUCGAGGCUCCGACCAAGAACGCGAAAAGUUCUUUGCGGAAUUUCUCACUGCCUCGAAAAAGGACCGAGAUGAGUUCACGAGUCGAAUCUCUGACUACAUUGAGUUCCAUUUUCAAACUUUUAACUCGUAUUAUUAUCACGGGAUCGAUGAAAUGAAAGACAAAAUGGAUCUAGACAACAUGGAAAUUCUGUUUGCCGCUUGUUUGAUGAUUGACUACAUUUCUCAACUACAACACUAUCAUAAUACAUUUGAGUUGAUCGACGAUCUCGGAAAAACGAAUUUUGGUGGCUGGUUGAUCUAUCGAGAACUGCUCAAUUUGAAGAGCACUCUGAGCAACUUGAAGAAGUUCUGCUACACAAGGCGGAUCUACUUCAAGUGCUACUUUUCCACGUACACCCGAGAAGAGUGGUUACUCUUACGAUACGUUGAGGGUCGAGAAUGUCAAUUCGUUUCGAAAGACCUAAAAACGGUGAGAACCUAUUGGGACAAAACGACAGGCGCCGAACAAUUCGCGCAAGCCUUGUCAAAGGUAUUUAAGGGUCGAGAGGUGCCUAAACAGUUGUAUCUACGGCGAUUGGAAAAGGGAAAACGUUUCGACAUCGAGUCGAUCGUCGGAACGCUCGACGAAUGCGAGGAGAUGACCUAUUUGAGUGACGAACCGCUAGACAUCUACAUGCUAGUCAACUCCCUAGAAGAUAAGCUCAAAAAAUUGGGAACAUCACUAGAGAUCAAGUGCGAUAGUUUUAUUCUACCACCACCCGAGGUCGAUUCAACAAUGAAACCAAUGGUAGAUCGACUGAAACUCAAAGACUCGGCUUAUCCCGGUUACAUUUUCCAGUUGAAAAAUCCUCCUCGAUCAAACUGUUUGUGUUCUGAAACAUGUCCAUUAAUUUGUGGAGUACCAUAUCCAGAAGAGAUUCCCUAUCAGAUGAAAUUAUCCUACUUUAAGUGCUCAAGUAACGACAUGAGACGUUACCUAGAGUUCUAUGCCAACUUUCGAAUCGGAAUGGACAUUGCCCUGAGAAAAGAGAAGAGAAUCGAAGUCAUCGAUUAUGAUCCAGAGAAUUUGAGUGAAGAGUUUUCAAGAGGAAAUUACUUUCUCUUUUCAUUAAUCAAGGUGAAAAUGAACGGGAAAAUUGAAGAGCUGUUAAUGCUUGACACUCCAUCGAAUUGUAGUGAGUUUGAGAGUAUUCCAUGUAUAGAUUUCCACUUCACACUGUUCACGAUUGAGGCCUCGAAAAUUGUGAAACUGAAUUUGAUUCCAAAAAUCUCAUUGGUGCCGAUAUUCUACGAUAAGGAGUUCAAGUUCACGUUGCUGAAACCAAAAGAAAGGGUGAUCGAUCUACUGGAUAGUUUGGAC